UCGAACUUUUCGAGUCGGCAGAUGCAAAAUGUUAUACCUCCAUCGGUUUGCUUGGUCAAGCACUUGUAUUUGCCUGCCGGACACUUUUUAUUUGCGGACUAUAGGUAGUAUUUGCUCUACCCCACAUGCACUGUGUGUACUGCCCUCGACGGUGUGCCAUUUUUCGCUAGUGGGUGAAACUGCUUGACGAUGCACAUUAUUAAUGGACCACACGUAACCCGAUCGCGGCAGCUCGCGCUGAGUUGGUCGAUCAUCAAGAUCAAGACGGAAACAGGACACUCAAACCUCGGGAAGACAGAGGGAGGAGACGCUUUUAAUCGGGCCGGGUUGGCAUGACCAAAGGACAAGGAAGCAGACUGGGAUAUUUGAUUGGGGUUAGAGACGCCUCAAACUGGAAUUUGGCGGAUUGUGAAUGGCCCGGUCACCCGGGCCUGACCGGGUUGAACAGGGAACGAGUCUGCCGGCGUUGCUGAGGCCAGCGUACAGUAUGGGGCCGGUGCCGGGAAAUGGAGACACCAUACCGGACAACAACGGCGAUCGCAGCGGUGACUACGAGCGCAUGGAGAAAUGGCUGGACUCUCACCCGGAGUUUGCCCACGAUUAUUUCGCUCGCAAGGCUACACGGAGCAUGAUCGACGGCUGGUACAUAGCCCGGGCGGUGUCCCAAACUGCCAAGCCUCCAAUGGCCGAGUCGCCACAUUCACCGAGCAGCUCGUCUGGAAGCAAUACUCCAGUCAGGAAGGUGUCGGCCUCCGAAUUUGAAGUCCAAGGUUCUGGGGGCUCGCUGGGCAGGAUGAUUUCCACUGUGGAUGGGGCCCCGAGUUUCCUGGGCACCAGCCACCUACAUCUUCAAGGGAAUUCCAGGUCCUCACCGACGCGAUCACGGAAGUCCAUCAGUGAGCUAAAACAGCUUGAUGACCGAGCUGUGCUGAUGGAAUUAGUCAAGGACAUUGCGAAUGACCUGGACCUGAACUCCUUGUGCCACAAAAUUCUUCAGAAUGUCCUGAUUCUGACCAAGGCAGAUCGCGGGUCCCUGUUCUUGGUGUACGGCAAAGGGACAGACCACUGCUAUCUAGGUUCCAAGCUGUUCGAUGUGACUAGCGAGUCGACCGUAGAAGUGGCCGGGAAUGAGGAAGUACGUGUGAGCUGGGGCAAAGGAAUCAUAGGAUAUGUCGCGAAGACAGGCGAACCUGUCAAUAUUGCCAAUGCUUACGAGGAUCCUCGAUUCAAUUGUGAAAUCGACCUGCAAACAGGGUACAAAACCAGAAGUAUGCUGUCUAUGCCCAUCAAAGCCCCCUCUGGGGAAGUGAUAGGUGUGGCGCAGGUCAUCAACAAGAUUGGCAGUAAGGACAGGCUUGAAGCCUUCACUGAUGGCGACGAAAAGGUAUUUGCUCAAUAUCUCCAAUUUUGUGGCAUCGGCAUCAAUAAUGCAAGGAUCUAUGAACGGGCCACCAUGGAAAUAAGACGAAACCAGGUGUUGUUGGAACUGGCCAAGGUUUUGUUUGAGGAACAAAGCACACUGUCCAACAUAGUGCGACGGAUUAUGGAACUGACCAUAUCCCUCUUGCGCUGUGAACGGUGCUCAAUCCUAUUAGUGGACGAGACAUCUAAGAGAAGAAAAAAUAAGCGUCAGCCAAGCAAAGAAACGAGCAUCUUUUCGCAAGUGUUUGAGAUGGGCGUGGAUGAUCUGGAGAACAAGGGCCCCAACAACGGAGGAAGCACCGAGUGUCGUUUUCCAAUCCACAUUGGAAUCACAGGGUAUACAGCAACUACUGGUGAGACUUUGAACAUCGCCGAUGUGUACAAGGAUUCUAAGUUUGAUCCAAAGGUUGAUGAAGAAACAGGGUAUAAGACGCGGCAGAUGCUGUGCAUGCCCAUCAAGAAUGCCUACGGGUCCAUCCUAGGUGUCAUCCUAUUGGUCAAUAAACAGGACGGGACGCCGUUCAAUAGGAAUGAUGAGGACAUGUUCGAGGCUUUCUCCAUCUUCUGCGGAAUGGGUAUCAACAACACCCACAUGUACGAGAAUGUGUGCCGAGCUGUUGCUAAGCAACGGGUAGCCUUAGAGACGCUGUCAUAUCAUGCAACAGCUCCGCGUGAAGAGGCCAUCAGAUUAAAGAAACUGGCUGUUCCUACAAUCAGAGAGGUUGGGCUUGACGACUACUUCUUCAGCGACAUGAAACUAACGGAGGAUGAGACACUCACUGCAUCACUCAGGAUGUUCUUAGAUUUGGAUCUCGUCAACCGCUUUCGGAUCAAUUAUGAGACUCUGUGUAGAUGGCUACUGAGCGUCAGGAAGAACUAUCGCAGCGUGAGAUACCACAACUGGCGCCACGCCUUCACAGUAACGCAAACCAUGUUUGCGCUGAUCAAGAACGGAGGUAUGCGAGAUGUACUGACGGAUCUGGAGUGUCUAGCGCUAUUGGUUGGUUGCUUGUCACAUGACCUAGAUCAUCGAGGCACCACCAACAACUACCAAAUCAUGUCUGAGUCACCACUCGCCCAGCUCUACUCUACCUCGACCAUGGAGCACCACCACUUUGACCAGUGCAUCAUGAUCCUCAGUAGCAAGGGUAAUGAGAUCUUCAUGAAUUUGAACGCUGAAGAGUACAGCCAGGCUAUGCGUCUCUUGGAGCAUGCUAUUCUGGCCACCGACUUGGCACUGUACUUCAAGUUCCGGGGAGAGUUCUUCAGACUGGUGGAGGAGGGCAACGAAGAUUGGACCGAUGACGACAACAAGGAGCUGCUUCGUGGAAUGCUGAUGACAGCCUCCGAUGUGUCAGCCAUCACAAAGCCCUGGGAAGUGCAGAAAGAGGUUGCGCAGCUGAUUUUUGGGGAGUUCUUUGAGCAAGGUGAUCUAGAAAGACAGCAAUUCAACAAAACACCAGAGGACAUGAUGAAUCGAGAGAAGCUUCACCUGCUACCAAAGAUGCAAGUGGGGUUUGUGGACUCAAUAUGCAUGCCGGUGUAUGAGGCCCUGGCAAAGACCUCAGAGAAGUGUACUCCGCUGCUCAGCGGCUGCAAACAGAACCGCGACCACUGGAAGGAGAUCGCCGAGGACUGCAAGCAGCCGGGGACAGAGACGAAGGAGAAGGCGUCAUCCGACGAGAAGGACAUCGACGAAUCGGAAGCACUGCCAGCCUCCGCGCCAGUCCAGCCAAGCAAUAAAGAUUGAUUGAAUCGUACAAUUGUGUACCCACAUAAUGUUGCUCCUUUUAGUCAGUCCUUUUCAACCAGUGUUGUAUUCGAGUCCAUCACAAGUCCUUUCAUAAGUCCAUCACAAGUCAUUCAGUCUUCAGCCAAUUCGCAAGCCAUUCAAAUGACCUGUGACAAAAGCAUUCCUUUGUCAUUGUUCACCCUGUUACUUUUGACUGGCCUUUUGAAGGCACUUGUAAUGGACUCGAAUACAGCACUGUUUUCAACGAUUUCUACUUAUUCAAUUUAAGAUUCUAGUGGCAUAGAUUUAGUAUACCGAGGAACUUUUUUCCUAGUACUUUUAGAAGAGGACGUACUACGAAUUUUUUAGUCAAUUUGAAGCUCUUGUGUCGUUCAACUUCAAGUUUUAAGCCGGAUAAACAUACAAAGGCACGUACAAUUGCAAAUUGCUGCAUUUGGUGGUGUUGAGACGGUCUGCCUCGUAGCAGAAAGUAUUCUUUGUGAAACCGUUCAUCCCUCCCGUGUUUCACUCUAAAAAAAAAAAAAAUUUGCGGUAAAUUUUAUUGUCAGAUGUAUGUAUAUAAUUUAACGUGGUUGGAUAGUUUUUAUGAUUAAUUUAUGGGAAAGUGCAACUUUGCGAUGUGGGUAGCUGAGUGGGUGUUUUGGUCCAUCCCACCUGGUUGAUUUCUGCAGUAUUUGGAGGUUCAAUCGGCCGUACUCUCAGGGUUGCUUGCAAGCUCGUUCUGCCAUUCGCUCACUCUCCACCUUUGGACGUAUUUGUACAGAUAUUUGUAAAUAGUGCUCCGUUUAGCAUGUGUGCUACAACAUAACAGUAACAUUUCGCUCCAGUACAAGUAUUCUGUCCUCGUGGUGUGACCAGAUCAUCUGUGGACGUAUUUGCUUCUCGGAAUUAAUUCUUGGGGGGUAGACAUUUAAAAUUGAUGAAUGGAGAUGAAAUUAUGAAUUGCCCUUUUGGACACUUUUUUUGCUUUUUUCUAGCUUUACUGCAUUCACAUCAAAGCUACGUUCAAACUUCAAGUUAUAUGUGUUUGGUGAAGGUCAAGAAAAAAUGAACAGAAUUUUGACUUUGUCAAAAAUCAACAUAAAUAGAAACUUUCUAUUUUGUCUUACCUCUUCACAGUAACAGUCAACUUUUUUUUAUUCUUGUAGGUUUAAGUUUGUACUUAGGGACAAAACUAGUUACGGUACGAUAUAUGAACUGGCACACAAUUUACUUGUUAGUUGGGGUAGGCUUCAAAUGCUGCUGUGUCGCAGUAUGUCCCUCAAAAGUGUUCAAGCAAUUUCACCUGCUUGAUGGACUGAGUAGAGGUUAUGCAUUAAUUAACGAAUCCUGAGAGGGCAAGAGUUUUAUAACACUGGGUAGGCUCAAGUAAACCUUUCGUGCAUUCGUUGUAACUAAGUUAAAAUAACAAAACCAAUAUCUAAGACACCGUGGAGACGCCAGCAACGCAUAACCUCUAUAGUUGGCUCAACAGCAGCAUUCAUGAAUACCACAUCAAACGUUCAGGCCAAACUGCAGUCCCCCUGAAGCCCGUCUGCAUUACAAAUCUCAGUUGUCACUUUAUUAUUGCUAUCCAGGAUAAUAUAGAAACUUGAAUGUGUAGCGAAACUCGGGGCAUGCGUUUUCCGCUGAGCAUGCAUUCUUUGUUAGGAGAGCAGUGCACCCCUUGAUUUGGUUCCAAGCCCAUUUGGCCCAUCAUGCCAGUGUUUAGCUGCAGUUUCCUCGGCAUAAUAUUCAAUCUACAGGCUAGGAAGUAAAAGUACAUGUAUAUUACAAUGCUAAGCAUAACAAGAUCUGACAGACACAAGUUAUUAAUGAAAAAAGGGCAUUGGCACUUGGCAGUUUACCAAAAGUCAUAUCAGUUCAACUACAUGUACAAGUUGUAAUUGGGGAGUUAUUUCUCUUCCGGUACCCACCAAAAUGAAUCACCAAGACAGAUGGGUGUAGAUUUGCUGCUGCCAUUUGUGGAUCGUGGUGGUGGGAAGAUAAAUUUUUAGAAUUAUGAUUCCUGCGGCGGGGAAUUUUACUUUCAGCGUUUUCCACAGUUUUGGAUAUUGACCAAGUGAUAUCAAUCCUUUACAUUUCCUUGCUGCUUUUCGUCUCUAUUGAAUUCUAAUUGAAGAUCCUUUGACCUCCUAAUGGCAAUACACAUUUGUUAUAACAAUUUGGGGUUUUUUUUCUUCAACUUUCAGUUUCUGUUUUGAUACCUUUGCCCGGUUUGUUUUGGGGAAAAUUUAUUCAUUUGAUCAUUGUCUUGUUUUCUUAAACACUGUUCGUAUUGAGAAAGAAUUUCCUUUUAUUUUCCACCAGCUCAAAUUCUCUGUGGUAACCCAAGUGGUACUUAAUGGAUAGCUAGGAAAUUUAUUUGCUGGUUUUUCCUCGAGACGAUACAGUAUUACGCGUGUGGGUGAUGCAUCCAGUUUUGGUACUCUACUAAGAAAGAAUCUUUCCGCUUUACAGUGUUUUAAUUUUGCAAUUGUUUUAAUUUGUUACUCUUGACACCUUGUUACACUGUCAACAAAACAGCAAGAGAUGGCACCGUGGGAACUAUUGGAACCCUUGGUAAUACCCAGGUAACAAUAUGAAAAUGUGAAAAAGGAGUGUGUAAGAGAGUUUACUCAGGUAGCAAUCUUAGGAAAUUUAGGACGAGACCAAUCAAGAACAUUUUGGUUGCAAACAGUGAGUGCCGUCAUCUCCUAAUUUGUGGACUUGUAAGUCUUGUAAGACUUGCAAGUCUGAGAGUUUACUUGAAGGGGGAAAAAACCCUGCAUUUCUAGACAUGAUUUUUGGGUCGUUGCAUCAUGUGUGCGGAAAUUUAAGACAGACUGUGGAUUCAAAACUGAAAGUGAAGAGGUUUGAGUGCUUCUGGCCUCCAGCUGUACUCAACUGUUUCUGUUUGUCGGCAGCUUGUUGCGUUCAUCAAGAAACUUGUUUUCUCAGUUAAAUGAUGAUUUGAUCAUCAAUAGAACCUUGAAUUUUUUUUGGUGUUUACCUGGACAUGAGUGCGUACUUCAUGAGUAUUAACCAAUACAUUUUAAUGCUAGUGUUAACCUUAGUUGUUGGUAACUAGUGAUUUAUUCAGCCUUUUUAGAGGAAUUUCUCAAGCUUUUGUCAAAUAACAGUCAGGAAACUCGAAACAUGCUGUGCAAAUAUGCUCGCUGCAUAUUUGCAGAGACAGCAUAUUUUACACACAGAGAAGCCACAACAGCAGUGUGGCCCUGAAUUGUAUUUAAAAAAAAAAAUUUAGAAGAGUAGAAAAUUAACAAAAAAGUAACUUCAUUUUGAAGAAAUACUACUGGAAAGUAGCAUACAGAACUAAUAGCAUGAGAAUUGCACCAUGUUAAGUCAGCCGUUUUUAUUCAUGUAUGUAUCAAAUCGUGGACGUGUAUAAGGAAGGCAGUCUCGCCGUGUGACCGUUUGGGAAGAGUUGCCCAAAUGGGACCAAGUGAUGAUUUCUCAUUGUAGCGUGUUCAUAUUACGUCAGAUAAAUCACGUCAUACAUGUAUCUAUAAAUAACGAUUGUUAAUGCUCUCAGCAAUAAACUUAAGUUUUGAUGUUUGAGAAUUUCACAAAUUGUACCCAAACUAUGCACUUAACUAGACAGGUUUUAUUAAGUUGGUGGAGAGUGUGUUCAUUUGAAAAUGGCAUUUAUCGCCAUUAUCAGUUUGCUGCUAAAGUGUACAUCUGCAGCCAAACUUCUUUUGAUAUGAAAAACAAAAUCUUCAGGCCUUUUUUUGUUCCAGUUAAGCUUGCUAUCCAUGUGGAAAGCAAACGUGAUGUCGUUCGUCAUUAUUCGGGCCACAGUAGUUCGGCGUGAAUGGUCUUCCCUUUAGCUGGGAAACUGGUCAUAGUUCCACGUUUAGGAGCUGUCAGUUUGGGUAAAUUGCUGCUGAUCGUGUGGAUGCUUACAGCCGCUGGAAGUCAAUUUGUUUGGACAUACUUGUACCUCAUACAUCUUAAUGGGUCUGAUGAGUAGACCCCGUCUGUGUCUUGCAUGCAAGCCGGGUCAUAACUGUGACUUCACUUUAGUCAAACCACGCCCACUAUGCAUAGAGUGCUCAUCCAAUCGAAGCUUGCACUCAGUGGUGCGUGCGCGUGUAUGACGAAGUCACAUUAAAAUACGAACCGGACACCUUUAGCUUCAUAUUCCUUUUCGGGGUUGAAUCUCUUUUUAUUUCACAAAUACAUACGUAAGUGAUAAGACUGGCGAUGUAAGCAUCCUGGCAAUACAGUUCUCGUGGUAGCUUGUAUAGCAUAUUCUGCGUCUCUCUUGAAGGAAAUGUUUGUCCCUGACAGUCCUCAUUCUUCACCUGUUGAACGCAGAGGACUGCACAGUAACCAUGUAUUCUGUGAUCUUUGGUCGACAACAAAAAGUGCUGUUUCCAGCUCUUUGUCAUAGACAUUUUUGUGUAGAAUAUACAGUUCCUUACUUGUAGUUUGUUACAGCUAAAGUAGAUGAAGAGCUUAACGAUAAUAGCGACCAAGAAAGGUAAUUUU